AUGUUGAACCGCAACAACCUGCCCUCCGUGCCGAACCCAUUUGGCUCAGGAGAGGGCGGCCGUCCCUCGCCGCAAGGCUAUUCGAACCCCAGCCAAGCGCCACCACGGUAUGAUUACGGCCAGACCCCCAUAUCCGGCGUCGGACAUUCCCACGACAACGAUGUGCCCAUGACUGACGCGUUUCUUGAUCAAAGAGGAUAUGGAGGUCCACCACCGCCCUCGAUGGGUCGGCCCCCGCAACAACAGAUGCCAACGCGCUCGCCGAUGGGAGGGGGAUCUGGAGGCCGUUCAUGGAUGCUGAAGCCUAGCAAGAGCCCUAACGACAACUACACCUUUGGUAAUAUUAUCGCCGUGUCGCCACAGGACAUCCCGCCUACCCGCGAUGGCACCGAUGUCCUUCUUCUAAUCAAUGAUUUAUGUGUGUUCUCCGCUCGUCCCCUCGACGGAUUCCCCCCUGGUUGCAUCGGCAUGUCAGACCCUCAGCGAACUUGGGCACGAAUUGGAUUGAGAGACACCGUCAAGGUUCAAUUGUACGACCCAUUCAGCCAAGGCGGACAAGCAUAUUUGGGAUCUGCCGAUAUAGAAGUCAGCUUUGCGUCUGCUCGGAAGCGCACAGAUGCUCCUUAUGACCAGGAUGACCUGGCCAAGGCUGUUAUCAGCAACUUUGAAAAUCAAUUGUUUGCUCCCGAGCAAAGGAUUUUGAUGGACCAUAGAAGCAUCCCGCUUCUGCUCAACAUCAAGACCGUUCAGCGGGUGGACCUUACCUCUGAGAAAGUUGACCUCAGUUCUGGGGAGGUUGAGACUAACCCAGUGGCGCGUGGCAUUCUUACGCGGCAUACCCAGCUCAACUUCUUCAGGGAUGCACAGACUGGUCUUAAUAUGAAGGCCUCAAAUCGCCGCCCAGCUGCAAACUCGAUCAUCCAGCCUGGCUUCAAGUUUGAGGAUAUGGGGAUUGGUGGUCUUGACUCCGAAUUCAGCACCAUCUUCCGUCGUGCCUUCGCAUCCCGCAUCUUCCCUCCAGGCUUGGUGGAGAAGCUGGGUAUUCAACACGUUAAAGGUCUCCUACUAGAGCCCAAGAUUAUCAAUGGUCCCGAGGUUCUAAACAAAUACGUCGGUGCUUCUGAGGAGAACAUCAGAAAGAUGUUUGCAGAUGCCGAGAAGGAGUACAAAGAGAAGGGCGACGAGAGUGGUCUCCACAUUAUCAUCUUCGAUGAAUUGGAUGCUGUCUGCAAGCAGCGUGGCAGCGGCGGCGGUGGUGGCACCGGUGUUGGGGACAGUGUGGUCAACCAGUUGCUGUCGAAGCUCGAUGGCGUCGACCAGCUUAACAACAUUCUGCUGAUUGGUAUGACCAACCGUAUGGAUAUGAUUGAUGAGGCAUUACUGCGUCCUGGUCGUCUCGAGGUUCACAUGGAGAUCUCCCUUCCUGACGAGACGGGUCGAAGCCAAAUUCUAAAAAUCCACACCGAGAAGAUGCGCACCAACAAUGUGAUGGACACCGAUGUGGAUCUGCAGGAGCUCGCCCAUAUGACAAAGAACUUUUCCGGUGCUGAAAUUGCCGGUUUGGUCAAGUCCGCCUCCUCGUUUGCCUUUUCCCGUCACGUCAAAGUGGGUACAAUGGCGAGCAUCAACGAUGAUGUUGUCAACAUGAAAGUCAAUCGCGCCGACUUCCACAAUGCUCUUGAUGAAGUCAAGCCCGCCUUUGGUGUCUCGGAAGAAGAGCUUUCCAGUCGCAUCCAGUAUGGCGUGCUACACUACUCUGAAACCAUCAACGAGAUCUUGCGCGAGGGCGAGCUUUUCGUCAAGCAGGUUGGCGGCCAGGCGGAAUCAACGCCGCUUUUCUCCGUUUUGCUGCACGGUCCCACUGGUAGCGGAAAGACCGCCCUGGCUUCGCGGAUUGCCAUCGACUCCGGAUUCCCCUUCAUCAAACUGAUCAGCCCCGAAGAUAUGGUUGGUUUCAGUGAGCCAGCCAAGAUCUCUCAUAUUGGCCGCAUCUUCGACAGUGCCUACAAGAGUCGCACCAGUAUCGUUGUCGUCGACAACAUCGAACGUAUUAUCGACUGGGUGCCGAUUGGCCCUCGGUUUAGCAACAGUGUGCUACAGGCUCUGAUGGUCUUCCUUCGGAAGCAGCCCACCCAUGGGCGCCGCCUGCUGAUCCUUGCCACGACCACCGAGCGUGCUCUAAUGAAGCAGCUUGAUAUCUACAAUUCUUUCAACUCAGAUAUCAUGGUUCCCAACGUGCAGUCGUUUGGCGAACUGCGAUACGUCAUGGAACAGUCUGGUGCUUUCGAUGCUCAAGAAAUUGCCCAGGCGCUCGAGGGCAUCGGUGGAUUGGCAAAUGAUGGUCGUAUUAGUGUCGGUAUCAAGAAGAUCUUGCUGGGUAUUGAGACUGCCAAACAAGACGCUGACAAGGUUGGUCGGUUUGUACGUGUCGUUAACAGAGCCAUUGAGGAGGAGCAGUCCUUCUCUUAG